GUCAUCUGCGCGGCGAUCGAGCGCGUCCUCGCGCUGCCCCUCCGCCGCCGCCGCGCCCUCGGCGCCGCCGCCAAGGCCGCCUUUCGCGCGGAGCGGCGGCUGCUGCUGACGGGCGCGGCGCGCGCGCGGGCCAUGGUGCGUGACCUGCUCGCAACGCAGGGCGGCGGCCGCCGCGGCGGCGACGGCGGCGCGGAUCAGGGGCAGGCAGCUUCCGGGCCGCCGCCGCGGCGGCGGCGGCGGCAGCGCCGUUAG